AUGGAUAGUGAAAGAAAAAGCCUUCCUUAUGAUGAUUUAAACCGACCUUUCACAACGUCGGGGACGUUCGCUGUGGAAUGGCGUGAACGCAGUGAGGCGAUAUUGGAAAGUAUCACGGAAGACGAGGAUGUAGAAAUGGAAUCUUUCUCGACGAGAAGCGAAAAUGAAAAUCCGAAUGUAGUCCAAUCAGUACAAAUGAUUCUUGGAGUGCCUAACCGAAAAACAUGGGAGGAGAAAAGCCUGGGUGCUGGUACCUUAGAUGGUGACAGAGAGUGUUAUGAAGUAAAUCCAUAUGAAGAGUGGUGCAAACCGGAUGGGGUAUUUUCUGAUGUGGAUUUGAAGAAUUGUGAAAAUAAAGUGGUUGAUGAAAAGAAAACAACAACUCAGGGUGAUUCAACAAACUGCGUGUUGGUGGUGCCGGAGGUGAACAAAGAUACGACGACUACCACUCUGGUGAGUAGCGAAGCCCCCAUGUCUUUAGAUCCCCCACAGAGCGAAAAUGAACAUCCUUCUCGGGAAAUUAACAAGGCUGAUGUUCAAGACGACGACAAAGACAAUAUCGAUCAAAAAGAGGGAGAAAAAAGGGAGGAAAAGACAGCCGAAGAAGUAAACGCGCAUUGCGACGUAAAGAAUGAUGUCGUAAUCGCACAAAAGGCGGAACAGGCCCCUGCAAGGGAUUCCUGCCUGAGCAGUGCGCAUCUUUCUGUCGAUAAAACAGAGGAAUUCCAACCUCCCGGAGUGCUCGCGGCCAACCCAACAAAAGUUGAAAAUGAGGAGGAAAGCCGUAGCCCCAUUCUUUCCCCGGUAGAAACCGCCGCGCAGCAGAGCCUCCGGCGGCUGCGGAAAACUUUAUUGAGCCCCUUUCCACGCGAAUUUCGCACGAUCGACCAUGACACCGCGGAAGGAAAGGCCGUCCCGAAAGACACGCCCACCCCUCCCGCGGCGCGGCGUCAAAAGGAGCAGGCGCCGUCCAUGGAGCCUCUUCUGCGGCUCCUCCACGGCCUUUGCGAGUAUUCGACUUUCCUUCACGGGGGCGAGAAGCGCCGCCGCGACGAGGUCCUCACCCCGCCCGCGCAAAGCCAUGAUAAGAACAACGGUGAUGGUAGGCCACAUGGCAGAAAGGGAGGGGGGAAACGCCGGGCGUCAGCGGGGGUGGUGAGUUUUGGACGGCGCCGGCGAGCCCGUCUAACGGACAGCCUAGCCCAGGGCGCCAAAGGCGAAAACGACGAAGUGAUCCCGGCCGAGGAAUCGCGUCAAGCUGCGGGUCUGCCCCCUUGCGGGUUUUCAUUUAAGCGCUGGAACCUCUCGAAGGCGACGGCCUUAGUGAAGGAACCCCAUACCUCGUCUGGUGUGAGCAAAGGGGAUAUGGAGAAGACGCUUGGUUUAUUAAACGAUGGGGAGAUCCCCGUUGAGGCGUUUAUGUCCGGUGAAGAACAAGAAAAGUAUGCUCGCUACGCGAUGAGCAGUGGAAAGCUUCGUCAUGAAUGCGUGGAACCCUUUCAGUUUUUGUUCUCGACAUCGCAAAAGCUUCGGCUUGAGCUGCAAGAGCAACUUAACAACCUCGGGAAAGGACAAGGAAUGGGUUAA